GCAGGGGCGGACGGGGUGGGGCGGCGGAGCCUCGUGUGUGCGGCUGCGCCGGGGCGCUCAGGCCGGGACGGCGGGCUGCUGGAGGCGGCAGUGGAUCUGCGCGUGUGCGGCGGCGGCCCGGCCAGGAGCGGCGGGCGGCGGCGUGGGACGUAGCGGAAUUUAAACGUGCAGCAUCAUGGUUAUGAAAGCUACACUAGAAGAUGAUGAUUCAGGAUGGGAACUUGGUAUCCCUGACAAGAUGGAAAAGAGUAAUACCAGCUGGAUAGAUAUAACACAGGAUUUUGAAGAAGCUUGUAGAGAGCUGAAGUUAGGAGAACUGCUUCAUGACAAGCUUUUUGGUCUUUUUGAAGCCAUGUCUGCCAUUGAAAUGAUGGAUCCCAAGAUGGAUGCCGGCAUGAUUGGAAACCAAGUUAAUAGAAAGGUUCUUAACUUUGAGCAAGCUAUUAAGGAUGGCACCAUUAAAAUAAAGGAUCUCACUUCACCUGAGCUGGUAGGAAUAAUGGACACGUGUUUUUGUUGUUUGAUAACAUGGUUAGAAGGACAUUCCUUGGCACAGACAGUAUUCACUUGCCUUUAUAUUCAUAAUCCAGACUUCAUAGAAGAUCCUGCUAUGAAGGCUUUUGCUCUUGGAAUCCUAAAAAUCUGUGAUAUUGCCAGAGAAAAGGUUAACAAAGCAGCUGUUUUUGAGGAGGAAGAUUUUCAGUCAAUGACUUAUGGAUUUAAAAUGGCCAACAGUGUGACAGAUCUUAGAGUUACAGGUAUGCUGAAAGAUGUAGAAGAUGACAUGCAAAGACGAGUGAAGAGCACCCGAAGUCGACAAGGAGAAGAGAGAGAUCCGGAAGUUGAACUUGAACAUCAACAAUGUUUAGCUGUCUUCAGCAGAGUCAAGUUUACCCGCAUCUUACUCACCGUCCUAAUAGCUUUUACAAAAAAAGAGACAAGUGCAGUUGCAGAAGCUCAGAAACUAAUGACUCAGGCAGCUGACUUGCUCUCUGCCAUACACAAUUCACUGCAUCAUGGUAUGCAGGCACAGAAUGAUACCACUAAAGGAGAUCAUCCUAUUAUGAUGGGGUUUGAGCCACUGGUUAAUCAGAGAUUGCUGCCACCAACUUUCCCUCGAUAUGCAAAAAUUAUUAAAAGGGAGGAAAUGGUCAAUUAUUUUUCCAAACUAAUAGACCGAAUAAAAACUGUAUGUGAAGUAGUCAACUUAAGUAACUUGCACUGUAUACUGGACUUUUUCUGUGAGUUUAGUGAACAAUCACCAUGUGUUCUUUCAAGAUCCCUGUUACAGACAACUUUCCUAGUAGAUAACAAGAAGGUGUUUGGCACUCAUCUCAUGCAAGACAUGGUAAAAGAUGCCUUAAGAUCUUUCGUCAGUCCUCCAGUACUUUCUCCAAAGUGUUGUCUUUAUAAUAACCACCAGGCAAAAGACUAUAUUGAUUCCUUUGUCACACACUGUGUUCGGCCAUUCUGUAGUCUGAUUCAAAUUCAUGGACACAACAGAGCUCGUCAGAGAGAUAAACUAGGUCACAUCCUUGAAGAAUUUGCCACACUACAGGAUGAGGCAGAGAAAGUAGAUGCAGCGCUUCAUAGCAUGUUACUGAAGCAGGAACCACAAAGGCAACAUUUGGCUUGCUUGGGCACCUGGGUCCUAUAUCACAACCUUCGUAUUAUGAUACAGUAUCUUCUCAGUGGCUUUGAGUUAGAACUUUACAGUAUGCAUGAAUAUUACUACAUCUAUUGGUACCUGUCCGAGUUCCUCUACGCCUGGCUGAUGUCAACGCUGAGCCGUGCUGACAGCUCUCAAAUGGCAGAGGAGAGGAUAAUGGAGGAACAACAGAAAGGCCGUAGUAGUAAGAAAACCAAGAAAAAGAAGAAAGUUCGCCCUCUCAGCAGAGAGAUCACCAUGAGUCAAGCAUACCAAAAUAUGUGCGCUGGGAUGUACAAGACAAUGAUUGCCUUUGACAUGGAUGGCAAAGUAAGAAAACCUAAGUUUGAACUGGAUAGUGAACAAGUUCGAUAUGAGCACAGAUUUGCUCCAUUCAACAGUGUUAUAACACCACCUCCAGUGCACUACCUGCAAUUUAAAGAAAUGUCUGAUUUAAAUAAGUAUAGCCCACCUCCUCAGUCAUCAGAUCUCUACAUGGCAGCUAGCAAGCACUACCAGCAAGCUAAAAUGAUUCUUGAGAAUAUUCCGAAUCCAGACAAUGAGGUCAAUCGAAUUCUAAAAGUUGCAAAACCCAAUAUUGUGGUCAUGAAGCUGCUGGCAGGAGGCCACAAGAAAGACUCUAAGGUUCCUCCAGAAUUUGACUUCUCUCCUCACAAAUAUUUCCCAGUUGUGAAGCUUGUUUGAAGUACAAGAGAUUUUUUUAGAAUACCUGAAGAAUAUCUGUAGCAGAUAGCAGCUCUCAGAGAGGGAAUAACUAGUGCUGCACUCGGACUACGAGGGACGUCCAGGAUAAAAAUACUGUCACAUGGAAUAGCUGUAGUCUGCUGCCUUUAUGUGAUUUGAAUGACAACUGCUGUUUUAAAGUGGUUUGUAUAAAGUUUAUUGGAUUUUGUGCGUGAAACUGAUCUUAAUCAACUGUAUUAUUAAAGAAUGUUGUAUCCUACUUGAUAUCAUUACAGACUUUAAUCAUAAAUAAUUUUUAUUACUGUGUUCUGACAAAGUGGUGCAUUAGGAACUGAAUAAAAAUCAUGCAAUAGAGCCUCAUGUUUGAUGUGCACAGCUAAGCUACUGCAUUUACAAAGUCACUUGGAGAAAUUUUGAGUUUCUGUAGUUUUGUUUAAUUGUAUCAGAAUUGCUCACUUUACAAGUAGAGAAAUCUUGGGGUUUUUUCCUCACUACAUCCUCCAAGCUGAAAUGAUCUCUAGAGAUCAAGAGCACAUGAAAGUUAGUCAUUGAGCAGUUCAGUGAAUGAUUCCUAGCUGGAUAUUUGGAAUUUGUUCCUUUGUCUUUGUUCUCCAAGUGCUGGAGCAUCUGCACAGCAGACACUCCAGUAGUCAUUAGCAAUAGUACCAGACAGUGAAGACUCUAUUUUACCAACUCUGCAACUUUGUUACAAUCCUAGUAUUUGCUCAUGCAAACAAGGGAUUGCUACAUUUGCAUGAUUUUUAUUCUCCAUUUUUGACUGCAAUUAGGUUGCUGCAUCCUAUUGUCUUCUGUAGUAAUUUUCACGUAGAUUUCCAAAACUGGAGAAGCCCCAAACCUAUCCCUGCCUUCCUGGAAUAGUUAUGCCUUCCAAGCUUUCAGAUGUGAAAUAACCGAGGUAAGCUGUUGUGUUGUAGCAGAAGAGCAGCCAAGGAAAAAAUUAUUUUCCUUUGCUACAAGCAAGGAAAAACUGUUAAAAAAGUGGACGUGGCCCUGGCCAAAUCAUACCCAGGCCAUACAAGCAAAUACUUUGUUGGACAUGACAAUUCUUCAUUUUUGUGUACAAUGACUUUCACUGUAGGGAUGAGCUUGUAACUCCAUACUGGCCCUACAAGACAUUUUUUGGUGUUAAUACCAUAACCUGAUUUUACUGUGAAUUAAUAUCACUUCAGCUUCAUCCCCUGAGCAGCAGCACUGCCGAGCUACAGCUUGAAAACAAUGAGUAACCUCUGAAGUGGAACACCCACUUGUCUUCCAGCAAUUUGCAGCUUCCUGAAAUAAGCAGAAGUACUGUCCUGAAGACAUGUUUUUCCCAAAUUCUCUGCUAACGAGAUGGUAUAUCACAUUACAUGUUUGCUUAUCAUCAUGAUUAAUAUAUUUGAAUGCUUCCAUAUAGCUGCCAAAGGAAGAAUAAAAAGCCUGGAAUAUGUAGAGGUAAAAUGGCACAGAACAUUCAUCUGGCUUCUUGUAAAUAGUCACAAAAUCUUUCCCAUCUUAAAGAUCCUGAACUACAUGACAGUAGCUCAAGUCUUUUACUUGCCUUUUCUCCAAAGCAAGCAGCAAGUAAAAGACAAAGCAAAUUACAUGUGAUUUGUGGAACCAAGAAAAUAGUAAUAAUAAUAUUUCCCCUUUUCAUUACAAUUAGAACUGGAUGAAUUGUACAAAAUACCAUCAGUACACUAGAGAAGAUUACUUUUAAAUGCUUACCUAAAAUGGAUUAAGUUUAGUUGGAAAGAGAACCAAACCAAAGUGCUAAUAUAACACCAAGAUGAUUAGGGAAAAGCAGUAAUGCCUCACACAACAAAAAACUUCAGUGAGAGACAACACUAUAUACACCACAGUUCCAAAUUAAUCUCUUUUAAUUCUAAAAUUCUGUACAUUAGAUAUAUAGGCCUCUUGCCUACUAGAAAUCUAGAUUGAAGCACUUGGAGUCACUGUGAAUAAAACUGUAUUCCUUCAUUUUGAACAUUGCUCUUAUGGAUGUUUUCAGACCCUUUGCCCUCAGAGGUCUGCAAGUGUGCUUUGUACAGAGGUGGUCAUAUUUAUGGAGGACAACAUCCAGUUGGCUAGGAGAAGCCCAAAGAUGUACAGACGCACAGCCAAAACAACUAGUUUUAAAAUAAUCCUCUGGCAAUAUAUUAAUUACCCUUAAAUGUUUGAUUCUUUGGAAUUUUUAACUUGAUACUGGUAAAGCUAUUCAUUCAAUUGAAUAUAGUGUUUCACUGUCUAUUUUUUACUGUUAGAAUAUAUGCUUUUUAACAAUCAAUAUUAAAUUCCUGGUCAACUUAAAUCCCAGCUGCAUAAUUGUUUACAGAUUAAGUCCUAGGAAAAUGCUCAGAAAAUGGGUAAAUAUUUUUAUCCAAAUUAUGGGUAAACACUUUGAUGUUCAAACAUGUCAUUACUUGCAAAAAAAAAAAAAUCCCAGUAACCUGAGUUCCCAAUACUUGUCAAAAGACAUUCCUCAUUCCUCUUCUGUCCUGUUUACAAGCAUGUUUUCCCUGCUGUAUUGACUGUAGUAGCCUAGAGCAGUUAGGUCUUACUUAAAUGGUGAAAAACUGUUAGUGAACUGUUUCUGUGUUUAGGCUUAACAAGUAUCUUUUGAUUUAAACUCUAACUUUCAUUUGAUGACUCCUUUCAUACCCAAAAGAACUAGCUUCAUCUUAAGGUACAGGAGCUAUAAACUAGUACACUGAAGAAUGACACAGCACAAAAGGAGUUACAAAGUGACAUGCUUUAACAGAAAGCAAAGACAAAUUUGUUUUUUUUUAAAAUGGAAUGCUGGUUGGCAAGUUGGCAGCUGUCUGGCUGCUGUGCUGUCUCAAUAGAGGUUGGUUCAUACUCACAAUAUUCUAAACACAGGUGCCAGUCUUGGGAGCAGACACAAAUAUAAAAAUUUCUUAAACCAGCUGGUUAUACAUGGUGGUUGGACUGCAGUAAAGGGUGCCUUUGUGGUAAGUAGAGGGCAUUUUGUAGCUCACAGCAAGUAAAAUAGUUUUUAGUUUACAUUUAACAAGUUACAGAAAAGACUGCAGAACAUUAACAAGAUGAUACAUUGUGAUUAACAUACAACUUCACAACAACUAAAUCUUCACCUGUGGAAGACACUGCCUUGUCUUCUAUAUGCAUAAUCUGGUUACCUCCUUAAGUCCAGCAGAGAAGAUUAGUCACGCUGAACAGCUGAGAUUGCUGUCCUACAAAGCAACUGUUGUACAAAAUGCAUUUGCAUUCUUCUGUUUUCACAAAAGACAGUGUCUGGGUGGAGUAAAGGGUAGUUAUAGGACAGCAUUUCAGAGGGCUUCUGUCAUGAAAAGUUUAUGAGUUUGAAUUUUUAUGCUACACUUGUGCCCGGUAGUGGUAACCAAGCCAAACUGUAGUACUGACCUUGUGGAAUCCAGCAAAGCUUUCAGAAAAAUCUUCCUGGCUAAUCUCUUAGCAAGAAGCUUCUAUUGUCUGAAUGUUUUGGUUUUUUUUAAAACUUUGAAGCUAAGAACACAUCUUGCCAGUGUACUGUAGGAAUUUAAUUUAGAGGCCCAGGUACAUAUAUCAUUCUGCAUAGUAUCUGAAGACUACAAUUGUGCUUUCUCAGUCUGUGUUGCAGUAAAAAAGUGCCAGAACAGGCACAAGGGUAGACUGCAGCAUGGACUGGUUUUCAUCCUUCCUGUGUUCUGUUACAGUAACACAGCCCCUUAAAUUCUUAAAACUAAGCUGGGGAUUUCUCUACUGUGCAUUGCUCAGCAGAGAGAUCCAUCCUUGUCAGAGGACUUAUCAUCUGCCACCAAUCCACCCAUAGGCUUACAGAAGUAUGACUGUACAAGGUAGCCAACUUCAAAGUU